AUGUUAAUGCCAGUUAAAACGAUGAGACAAAUGCGACAUUUAAUAUCUAAAAGGAAUGCAACGAAUUUACCGAUUUAUGCGAAGAAAACGCAAAUGAAAGACGAGUGGCGUUUAUUAAAGCGAAAACGUAAACGAUUACGACAAUUGCGCGAUGAAAUUCGUGAACUAUCCAAUCAGUUACAUUCAAAACGAGUAUUUUAUAAAGGUAUAUAUUUGUCACUUGCUUAA